GUGAAAUACAGGCGCGCAGUUGUUUAAUCGUCGACGAUGUUACGUAGUGGGCCGUGAUAUAGUUGGAAAACACGUUAACAAAUCGUCGGAAGAUAAUAAGGGAGCAACGUAUUGCAGGAGUAGGUUGCUUGCAGUACUGAAUCAAAAUGGAAUCAAUGGAUGCGCGUCUUGUGGCGCAAGCAUUGAACUACCAUGGCCAACAGUUGCAGAAAGUGUGGGAGGGAGAACGCAACGAGAACGAGCUGGCCAUGCUCAAUCUCAAGGAACCAAAUUUUGAAAUCUAUCAGCAGCGUCAAAAGACUCUAAGCUUUGGCGAUAGAGGGAAAAGGCUAAAGCUACAACAAUUCCUUGCAAAAAAGGCAGAUGCCCUUUAUGAUAAGUCAAAUCUGGAGAAAACAGUAGAUCCUAUCAAGCAGGAAUUAGGAGAUGAAGAAUUUUAUGCAACAAUGCCAGGCCUUGAUACUUUUGUCACCAUGGAGAAAUCUCAGCGUAUUCGGAAUUUUUUGGAGAGUUUGGUCGUUGGAGAUGUUAUUUACGCGCAAGUGAUGGGUAAAAGUGCUGCUGGGCUUCUUCUGAAGGUGCUAUGCAACUGCAGCGACUGCCCUAGAGUUGUUACUGAUUUAGGAGUUAAGGCUCUAAUAUUGAACACGGCCACAGUGCCGGCGGUGGACAAGAAAGGUGUAACAAGAGGCUACAUGGCAAAUGAUCUCAUCUGCGUCGUAGUCAGUGAAGUUAACGUUGAAGCUGAACGAGUUGUUGCAGUUAUGAACGUACCUGCCCGUGAAGGGCAAGCACCGCACCCACCUAUGGGACUUAUCCAUUCUGACGAUCUUCCAGAAGCUUAUAAGAAAGCAAUGGACAACAAAGGACAGUCAUACGAAGCGAUGUUGGAGAAUAGUACUGGCUUCAACAACCCGAACAACAUUAAAUAUCUUUGCGACUUGAUGGGUCUCGGUCAAGAUAACCAUUCCAAUAUGGUUGGUUUGAGAGAAAGAUUCCCACCUAAUGAGUAUGCAUCGGAAUUAAGACAGGCGCAAGCUAGUAAGUGGGCGUUCCGUAGCGUGGCUGAAGGUAUUGACCAUUUCAAGGCUGGCCGUCACACAGAAGCCUUCCAGUGUCUCAAUAAAGCACUUACCGUAGACCCGCGAAACGUCGAGGGAUUAGUAGCGCGUGGAGCAUUAUACGCAAAUAGCGGCAGUUUUAAGAAGGCGAUCGAUGAUUUUGAGACGGCAUUGAAGCUGAAUCAAACACACACAAACGCUCGAAAAUACAUGGCCGAGACUUUGGUUGCUCUAGGUCGAAGUUACGAGGACGAAAAGAAAUACGAGGACGCGCAGAAAGCGUACGAGAACUGCCUGGCGAUUGCCCCAUUCCACGAGGAGGCUAGAAACUCCAUCGAGUACAUCAAGUCGAAAACAUUGACAUCCUCUUUGAAUCCGUUGGACACGUUCAAGAGCUUCGAGGCUGAGAAUGACGUGGGUGAGAAUAAAAAGGAGAAGAAGAAACGCAAGAAAGAAAGAAAAUCGCGAUCAAAGAAAAGGCAAAGGUGGAGUUCGAGUUCCAGUUCGUCGUCGAGCGGAUCCUCGAGUUCCUCCAGUUCAGAGUCUAGCAGUUCUUCGUCUUCCGCGAGCUCAAGAUCAGCAUCCCGGUCACCUAGUCGUAAACGGAAGCAUAAGAAAGAUCAUCGCGGCUCGCUUUCACCACUUAGCAAGCGAAUGGCUCAGUACAACAAUCCACCUGCUGCCACGACAGCUGCACAUGACGUAAUCGCUCCGGUAGCCUACACGUCAAAUACCAGAGAUAAGAUGGACGAUUAUGAGACAAAGGUCCGCAAAUUUCUUGAACAGACAAAAGACGACUCUGAUUACGAAGAUAAGGUAAGGAAAUUCUUAGAAGAAACAGCUAGAUGGAAGCGCGAGAGGGAGAAGGAAAAGAAACAUUCAGAGAGUGAGAAAAUGAAGAAAAAAAAGAAGAAAGAAAAAAAGGGAAAGGACAAGGAGAAGGAGGACAAGAAAAGCCGAAAGAAGAAGAAGAAAGAGGAGAGAAAGAAGCGGAAGAACAAGGAUAAGCUCGAACGGGAUUUAGAAGCUUUGAAAAAAUCUUCAUUACCGGAUUUAGAACAGUUGGAGUCAAAACUGAAUGCGUAUUAUGCGAAAGUUGAGAAAGAAACCGCUGUCUUAAAAAGGUAUGUAGCUCAGUAUAAUGACAUAGCUUCCCCUCUUAGCAACGCGGAGAAGCUCGCUGAGAGUUCACGAAGGGAGGAAGAGCUGCGCAGAGAGAGGGAAAGGGAGAGAGAUGAAGCUUCAAAGGCAUAUCACGAACGAGAAACUAGAGUACCAAUGACCGCACAGCAACGCAAAGUCAAUUGUGGUUUUUCACUAGAAAUUCAAAGGAAACCUCUGACGGACAUAUUCGAGCAAGAGUCGCAACUGAUUCACCCCGAACCAAAAUUACCUACCCUCGACACGGCUGCGUUAAACGCGAAAUGGAAAGCUGCACAAGCCGCUAGGCAAAAGGAUGUUCUUCCGCAAAAAUGGCAAGACGUCCCUCCGGAAAGCAAGAAGAUGCAACCCAACGUAGACAGUGACGAGGACGAUGAUAACGAGCUGGAGGAAAAGCUGCAGCGUGCAGCAUUAGAAAAGUCUAUGAAUAUCCGGAAGCAGAUGCAACGCGAGCUCGCGGAAAAGAGAGCAGCAGCCGCCCAACCCAUGUCUGCACCCACUCCACCGCCAUUACCUAAAGAACCACCGAUGCCGAAACAGGCACCGGUGAAAUAUCCGACGCCACAACCACAGAACAAAUUCCAGUCGUACAAGGACCCGUCGCUAUCCGCGCCACAGGCAACACCGACCAAAUUCAGCUCGAGUAACAAUCUCGGUGGCAAGUUUCAGCCUAUCGGGCAAAGUGGUAACAGUGGUGCUGGUCAUCCACCAGAACCACCGCGACCACCUCCACCAACGAAGAACCAAAACCAGGCGAAGGGUCCAAGAACAGAUUCCGACAGCGAGACAGAAAGACAGCACAGACAGACACCGAAGAAACGGGAAUCGACCGGCAGAGGUGGAGCCGUGACUAAGAGAAUGAGUAGAGACCGUCCAGCGAAACGUUCGCGCAGCAGAUCGCGCAGUGCAUCCAGUUCAGGCUCUUCGAGGUCUCGUUCACCGAGAAGAAGUCGUUCGCGAUCGUAUUCGAACAGAAGAUCCGGUAGUUACGAGAGGAAAUACAGUCGAUCACCGUCAGGUACCUACAGCAGGUCACGAUCCAGGUCACGAUCCAGAUCUUACACGAGGAGUCGCAGUCGUAGCAGAUCAGGUGACAGAAGUUAUUACCGGAAGAGGCAAUUCAGACCGUACAACAACCGCGGCACUUAUUACAAGCCACGUUUCCAGGGCUUCAAUAAUCCUAACCAUCGUGGCGGUGGUAACAAUUUCCAAAAUCGUAAUCGAUUCUAUAACAAUCAACACAAUAAUCGCUUCGGUAAUAGACGUGGCGGUGGUUUCAAUAAUCGCGGCGGCGGACGCGGACGUGGUGGUAACCGUGGCGGUAGGUUCUUCCACGGUAAACAGGGGUUCCGCGAUUUCCGCGACCGACGGGACUUCAGGGACCGUCGCGCCGCGUCUCGCGAUCGAUACAGCGACCGUAGCUAUUCCCCUGACCCAAUGAGGAAGGUGGAUGAGGCGAAGGAGAAGAUCAACAAGAUGUUGGAGGGAGGGGACGACGUGAUGGAGCAUCAACAGGGUGGCGGAGGUUCGAACGUUCCUCCGAGUAAAAGGCAAGAUGGACCUUUAAGCGAGGGUGAAGAGAGGGACGACGAUGACUACGAGAGGUGGGGAGAGGGCGAGGGGGGCGACACAGCUAACAAGGUUGGUUAGGUCUCUU